GUCGUACACUCGCUUGAAAUCGCACCGGGUGCAGCGGCUGGAAGAGCCUGUUAUGUUCGGGCGGAGGGGAUAAAUAUGGUGUAAAAUGUGAUAAUGUACAGGUUGCCGCCGUGACCAGAGGAUGGACAGGCGUGGUAGUAUGCCGGAGCCGCAGAGUGGGCUUCCCUCACCCUGUCCCAGAGACCCCCUCUUCAGGCCUGACUCACACAUGGAUGUUCAGGGUUACAGGUGGGUGUGCUGGAAAGUGUGGUUUUGUCGUCUGGCUGCUGUGCUGACUCUGGGACUUCUCCUGAUUCUGUUUCACUGGCGCCCACGCCUUGCUGUCCUCGCCCGCUGCAGCUCCUGCCCACUGGCCCUGGCAGAUGUUCUGCUGCUCAGAGACGGUUUCGGCCAGCAGUAUGUGGUGCAGGUCCUCACAGAGGAGGUGGCAGACAACAGCAUGGAGCUGCUGGGAGAUCAGGAGGACAGUGAAUGGAGGGAUACUGUCCAGCUCCACAAGGAGGAGAAAAUGCUGCUGCGUUACUACCUGUUUGAAGGGCUGCGCUACGUCUGGCUGGCCAGGAAGGGGGCUUUCUGUCGAGUGAGUGUCCUCAAUGAGGACUGGACCUGCAGCGAUCUGCACAGCUUCCAAAAUGGCCUGAGUCCCCUGGAGCAGAGCUCAAGGAGGCACAUCUAUGGGCCCAACCUUAUCGAUGUGCCUGUCAAGUCUUACAUGCGACUGCUGGUUGAGGAGGUCCUCAACCCGUUCUAUGUGUUCCAAGUUUUCAGCAUUACCCUGUGGAUGGUUGAUAAAUAUUACUAUUAUGCCUCCUGUAUAUUUCUUAUCUCAGUCCUCUCCAUAAGCAUCUCUCUCUACGAGAUCCAUAAGCAAAGCACCACUCUUCGCAACAUGGCUCAGCUGAUCACUAAUGUCACCGUGCGCAGAAGCUCAGGUGAGGAGGAGUGUAUCAGUUCAGUGGAGUUGGUGCCUGGCGACUGUCUGGUCAUCCCUCAGGAAGGUCUGCUGCUGCCCUGUGACGCCGCCCUGCUGGCUGGGGAGUGUAUGGUCAACGAGAGCAUGCUCACAGGAGAAAGUGUCCCGGUGCUGAAAACACCCCUGCCAGCCAGUGAGGGGAGGUACAGCUCUGACAGCGAACGCCGACACACCCUCUUCUGUGGCACUCAGCUCAUCCAGGCCAAAGGGAGAGGGACGGGAGGCACAGGAGCCAUAGCUGUGGUCACCAGCACAGGAUUUUUCACAGCCAAAGGUGACCUGAUCAGCUCCAUUCUGUAUCCUCAGCCAAUCAACUUCCGCUUCUACCGAGAUGCUGCCAAGUUCCUGCUCUUCCUGGGCUUUGUCGCUCUGAUCGGCACCAUUUAUAGCUUUAUAGUCCUCAGAAGAUCCAAUGCGACCGUGUUGGAGCUGGUGAUCAGGACCCUGGAUAUUGUGACUAUCGUGGUGCCCCCUGCCUUGCCCGCUGCCAUCACAACUGGCACCAUCUACGCCCAGCGCCGGCUGAAGAGACAGGGGGUCUUCUGCAUCAGUCCACCACGCAUCAACGUCUGUGGGAAAAUCUCACUGUUCUGUUUCGACAAGACAGGAACUCUGACAGAGGAGGGUCUGGAUGUGUGGGGGGUGAUGGAGGUUGGACCGACUGGUUUUUCAGAGCUGGUCUCAGAGCCCAGACUCCUGCCCCGAGGCCCCAUGCUCUAUGGCCUGGCCUGCUGCCACACUGUAGCCCUGCUGGGGGGCCAGCCCCUCGGAGACCCUCUGGAGCUCAAGAUGAUCGAGUCCACCGGUUGGGAGCUACAUGAGCCAGAGGGAGAUCAAACCGAGCUGGAUUCAGCGUUUGGAGGUUACAGAGUUUUGGCUGUUAUGAGACCUCCUGCACAGCAGCUCCAAGCUGAGGGCACUUGCCCAGGUGAGGCGAUGGCCAUCAUUCGGCGCUUUCCUUUCUCUUCAGCCUUGCAGAGGAUGAGUGUUGUGACAGUGGCCCCUGGGGGCCACCCGGCCCUCGCUUUCAUCAAAGGAUCACCGGAGAUGGUGGCUAGCCUGUGCCUAAAAGAAACCGUGCCAGCGCAGUUCUCAAGCAUACUGCGUACCUUUGCCAGUGAUGGCUUCAGGGUGCUAGCACUGGGCCACAAAACACUGGACGGGAAGAUGGACUUGAAGACCGUUGAACGAGGGGCGAUAGAGAGAGACAUGCAGUUCCUGGGUUUGCUGGUGAUGAAAAACCUGGUGAAGCCAGAGAGUGCCGGUGUUAUCAACACCCUGAGACUGGCACAGCUUCGCACUGUCAUGGUCACUGGGGACAACAUUUUAACUGCCGUCAAUGUUGCCAAAAGUUGUGGGAUGGUGGGUUCUGACGACAGGGUGAUAUUCGUCCAUGCCACCCCCCACACUGCCCAGUCCAUGCCCACCCUGAGGUUCCACUUAGGAGAAGGAGGGGCCACUGCCGCUGCAGGCUCAGUGGAAGUCAUUACUCAGGGCCUGUACCAGAAUGGUUUUGCUUAUCACUUGGCUAUCAAUGGCAAGUCCUUUGCUGCCCUCUGUGACCACUUUCCUGAAUAUCUGCCAAAGGUGUUGAUGCGGGCCACAGUAUAUGCACGCAUGGCUCCUGACCAGAAAACCCAGCUGGUGAAGGAGCUGCAGAAACUGAACUACCGGGUGGGGAUGUGUGGCGACGGGGCCAAUGACUGCGGGGCCCUGAGAGCCGCUGAUGUGGGGGUGUCUUUGUCGGAGGCCGAGGCUUCAGUAGCCUCACCUUUCACUUCCAAGUCUGACAACAUCAGUUGUGUACCACUGCUCAUCAGAGAGGGCCGGUGUUCUCUGGUCACCUCCUUCAGUCUGUUCAGAUACAUGGCCCUGUACAGCCUCAUCCAGUUCUGCUCCGUUCUCAUUCUGUACACAAUGAAGACCAACCUGGGUGACCUGCAGUUCCUGUUCUUCGACAUGUUCCUAGUGACCCUCCUGGCCAUCUUGAUGGGGACAGGAGGCCCUAGUGAGGAGCUGUACCCCCGCAGGCCCCCAGCCAGCCUGCUGGCACUGCCCGUCCUGGGCAGCCUGCUAAUCCACACCUCCAUGAUCGUCCUGGGCCAGCUAGCUGCUCUCUUCGUCACCAUCUCCCAGGACUGGUAUAUUCCACUCAAUUCAACAAAGUCUGGAGCAGAAAAUCUGCCUAACAUGGAGGACACUUGUGUGUUUGCCCUGUCUGGCUUCCAGUACAUCAUCAUGGCCAUCGUUGUAACCAAGGGAUACCCACACAAGAAGCCACUCUACCACAAUGUUGCAUUCUUCUGCGUGCUGCUGGUCCUGUUGGCCCUGAUGAGUUGGCUGGUGCUGUAUCCCGGUCCUGUCAUUGGCAAACUGCUUCAGCUGUACAACAUCUCUGAUAUGAAUUUCAAAAUGCUGCUGGUCGCCCUGGCCGCCCUCAACCUGCUCGUCUGCUUCCUGUUUGAGGUGCUUAUAGAUGUUGGGAUCCUGAACUUUAUUUAUUGGCUUCGUGGGACCCGCCCCUCUAAGAAGCAGUACAAGCGCCUGGACGUUAGCCUGUCUGACUCUCCGUCAUGGCCGCCCCUCAACCAGCCGCUCCCCUCCACACAGUGGACAGUCAUUGGUGUGAGCUAGCACCUGCCUGGCCCUCCACUGGACAGUGUGCUGCUCCCCCUCACCAAAGAAUGCCAUGGAUGCCUGAGCCACGUCCACAACCUGACCAAACACACCAGGGCUUCAGUGCUGCAGUACGGUGCUGCUCACCAACACUGCAAAGUAAUGAAAACAACCAACCUGUUUCAUGUUAUUAAUAAAGACUAUUUUGUAUCAUG